AUGAAAGUCCCCUGCUGCUCGGUUUGCCAAACGCGGUAUAACGAAGAAGAGAGAGUUCCUCUGCUUCUCCAAUGCGGACACGGAUUCUGCAAAGACUGUCUCUCUCGAAUGUUCUCAGCUUCUACCGAUACAACACUUGUCUGCCCUAGAUGCCGACACGUGUCGGUCGUAGGCAACUCCGUUACCGCGCUCAAGAAGAACUUCGCUGUUUUGGCUUUGCUCCAUUCUCCGUCGGCGGCGGCCAACUUCGAUUUUGAUUACACCGACGACGAGGAUGACGAUAAUGAAGAGGAUUUCGAGGAGGGGAGGUGUAGCCGUGGGUCCCAUGCGUCGAGUUCUGGAGCUUGUGGACCGGUGAUUGACGUUGGGGCCCACCAGGAGGUAAAAUUGGUGAAGAAAAUUGGUGAAGGGAGGAGUAAAUCAGGGAUGGAGACGUGGACGGCAGUGAUUGGUGGUGGUGGAGUCCAUGGGAAGGUGUGCAGGCACCGGGUGACGGUGAAGAGAGUGGAGAUAGGGGAGGAGAUGGAGGUGGAGUGGGUGUUAGGGCAGUUGGAUAGUUUGAGAAAGGCGGCGAGGUGGUGUAGGAAUGUGUGCACUUUUCAUGGUGUUGUCAAAAUGGAUGGGUGUUUAGGGAUUGUUAUGGAUAGGUGUUAUGGUUCUGUUGAAUCGGAGAUGCAAAGGAAUGAAGGAAGGCUGACUCUCGAACAAAUACUAAGUGAGCAUUUGGUUAUUCUGGAUGGAAGAAAGAUGAAAUUAUUAAUCAAAGAUAAGAAAUUUAGGAACAUGUUUGUGGGCAAUGAGGCUAUUGAAGAGGUCACUGCUAGAUAUGGUGCUGACAUAGCGCGAGGAGUGGCUGAACUUCAUGCAGCUGGUGUUGUCUGCAUGAACAUAAAACCGUCGAAUCUUCUAUUGGAUUCAAGUGGUCGUGCGGUUGUCUCUGAUUAUGGACUUGCUGCAAUUCUAAAGAAACCUGCCUGUAGGAAAGCUCGAUCAGAGUGUGAUUCUGCAAAAAUCCAUUCAUGCAUGGACUGUACAAUGCUUAGUCCGCAUUAUACAGCUCCAGAGGCAUGGGAGCCAGUAAAGAAAUCAUUGAAUCUGUUCUGGGAUGAUGCAAUAGGUAUAUCUGUGGAGUCAGAUGCCUGGAGUUUUGGUUGUGCUUUGGUGGAGAUGUGCACCGGUUCCAUCCCGUGGGCUGGUUUAAGUGCAGAGGAAAUUUAUCGAGCUGUUGUGAAGGGUCGGAAGUUGCCUCCACAGUAUGCGAGCGUAGUAGGUGUUGGAAUGCCUAGAGAAUUGUGGAAGAUGAUUGGAGAAUGCUUGCAAUUCAAAGCAUCGAAAAGGCCAACUUUUAGUGCAAUGUUAGCAAUAUUCCUCCGUCAUUUGCAAGAGUUGCCACGCAGCCCACCUGCGAGUCCCGAUAACAGCUUUGCAAAAUAUCCGAGAUCAUAUUUGAGGGAACCUCCCCUUGCUUCUGAUUUGGAGGUAUUUCAGGAUAACCCUACCCAUCUACAUCGAUUAGUGUCAGAAGGGGAUGUUAGUGGUGUUAGGGAAUUGCUUGCAAAGGUUGCAUCACAUGAUGGCAAUUGCCCCAUAUCUAUGCUAUUAGAGGCACAGAAUGCUGAUGGCCAAACCGCUCUUCACCUAGCUUGCAGACGUGGUAGUUCAGAGCUUGUCUGGGCUAUACUGGAGUACAGAGAGGCAAAUGCAGAUGUUUUGGACAAAGAUGGGGAUCCUCCGCUUGUUUUUGCUUUAGCUGCAGGAUCCCCAGAAUGUGUUCGUGCUCUCAUUGAAAGAGGUGCUAAUGUAAGGUCUAGCUUGAGGGAAGGUUUUGGUCCAUCUGUUGCUCAUGUUUGUGCAUACCAUGGCCAACCUGAUUGCAUGCGUGAGCUACUAUUGGCUGGAGCUGAUCCGAAUGCAAUUGAUGAUGAAGGUGAAUCUGUAUUACACAGAGCUGUUUCCAAGAAAUAUACAGAUUGUGCUCUUGUUAUACUAGAAAAUGGGGGUUGUGGAUCAAUGGCUGUCCCAAAUUCAAAAAAUUUGACACCAUUGCACUUGUGUGUAGCAACAUGGAAUGUGGAUGUUGUGAGAAGGUGGGUUGAAGUUGCAUCUCCAGAGGAAAUUGCUGAUGCAAUCAAUCUACCAAGUCCCGUUGGAACCGCAUUAUGCAUGGCAGCUGCUGUGAAGAAAGAUCAUGAAAUUGAAGGGAGAGGACUGGUGCAAAUAUUACUUUUUGCUGGCGCAGAUCCAACUGCACAAGAUGCUCAGCAUGGACGAACAGCUUUGCAUACUGCUGCUAUGGCUAAUGAUGUUGAAUUGGUCAAAAUCAUUCUUGAUGCUGGAGUGGAUGUAAACAUUCGGAACGUGCAGAAUACAAUACCUCUUCAUGUAGCCUUGGCAAGAGGGGCGAAGUCAUGUGUUGGAUUGCUCUUAUCUGCAGGGGCAAAUUGUAAUAUGCAGGAUGAUGAAGGGGACAAUGCUUUCCACAUAGCGGCCGAAACAGCAAAAAUGAUACGUGAAAAUCUUGAAUGGCUCAUUGUUAUGCUCAGGAAUCCUGAUGCUGCUGUUGAAGUUAGAAACCACAGUGGUAAGACACUCCGUGACUUUUUGGAGGCCCUUCCUCGGGAAUGGAUUUCUGAAGAUUUGAUGGAGGCACUUGUGAAAAGGGGAGUUCAUCUAUCUCCUACAAUAUUUGAAGUGGGGGAUUGGGUGAAGUUCAAAAGGAGUGUCACUACUCCUACUCAUGGAUGGCAAGGUGCAAAACACAAAAGUGUAGGCUUUGUGCAAACUGUUGUGGACAAGGACAACAUUGUUGUGUCAUUUUGCACUGGAGAGGCUCGUGUAUUAGCCAAUGAAGUUUUGAAGGUGAUUCCUUUGGACAGAGGGCAGCAUGUCCAGCUUAGGCAAGAUGUCAAAGAGCCACGGUAUGGCUGGCGUGGUCAAUCACGUGACAGCAUUGGAACUGUUUUAUGUGUUGAUGACGAUGGUAUUCUGCGUGUUGGAUUUCCGGGAGCAUCUAGAGGAUGGAAAGCUGAUCCUGCCGAGAUGGAAAGAGUUGAAGAAUUUAAGGUGGGUGACUGGGUUCGCAUCCGGCCCACGCUUACAACUGCCAAGCACGGAUUAGGAUCUGUCACACCUGGGAGCAUCGGUAUAGUUUAUUGUAUUAGACCAGAUAAUAGUCUUUUGUUAGAGUUGAGCUAUCUUCCAAAUCCAUGGCAUUGUGAACCAGAGGAGGUUGAGCAUGUCGCUCCUUUCAAGAUUGGUGACCGGGUGUGUGUGAAGCGAUCUGUUGCAGAACCUAGAUAUGCUUGGGGUGGUGAGACCCAUCAUAGUGUUGGAAGAAUUAGUGAGAUAGAGAAUGAUGGCCUGCUUAUAAUUGAAAUACCAAAUCGACCUAUACCAUGGCAGGCUGAUCCAUCAGACAUGGAAAAGGUUGAAGAUUUCAAGGUUGGGGAUUGGGUUAGAGUGAAGGCUUCAGUAUCUUCUCCAAAAUAUGGAUGGGAUGACAUCACACGGAACAGUAUUGGGGUAAUUCACAGUCUGGAAGAGGAUGGUGACAUGGGUUUAGCCUUCUGUUUCAGAAGCAAGCCUUUUUGUUGCUCUGUGACAGAUGUUGAGAAGGUGCCUCCUUUUGAAGUGGGACAGGAGAUACAUGUCAUGCCAUCUGUGACUCAACCACGACUUGGAUGGUCAAAUGAAAGUCCUGCAACGGUUGGAAAGAUUGUGAGAAUUGACAUGGAUGGAGCUUUGACUGUGAGGGUUACUGGCAGACAUAGCUUGUGGAAAGUUUCUCCUGGAGAUGCAGAAAGGCUUUCAGGAUUUGAAGUUGGUGAUUGGGUACGUUCUAAACCUAGUUUGGGGACCAGACCAAGUUAUGAUUGGAAUAGCAUUGGGAAGGAAAGUUUAGCUGUUGUACACAGCAUACAAGAGACGGGUUAUCUAGAACUGGCUUGUUGUUUCCGUAAAGGAAGGUGGAUUGCUCAUUACACAGAUAUUGAAAAGGUGCCUUGUUUCAAAGUUGGGCAGCAUGUCCGGUUUCGAACUGGACUGGUGGAGCCGAGAUGGGGCUGGAGAGGGGCCCAGCCUGAUUCACGAGGCAUAAUCACCUCUGUUCAUGCUGAUGGAGAAGUGAGGGUUGCUUUCUUUGAGUUGCAAGGUUUGUGGAGAGGAGAUCCUGCAGAUCUUGAGGUUGAGCAGAUAUUUGAAGUGGGCGAGUGGGUGAAACUGAGGGAAGAUGUUAGUAACUGGAAAUCCAUUGGACCAGGCAGUGUUGGUGUUGUACAGGGUAUAGGAUAUGAUGGAGAUAAAUGGGAUGGAAGCAUAUAUGUUGGUUUUUGUGGGGAGCAAGAAAGAUGGGUUGGGCCUACUUCCCAUCUUGACAGAGUUGAAAGACUCAUGGUGGGGCAGAAGGUUAGGGUUAAGCUUUCUGUGAAGCAGCCAAGGUUUGGGUGGUCAGGCCACAGUCAUGGAAGUGUUGGAACCAUAUCGGCAAUUGAUGCCGACGGGAAGCUGAGAAUAUAUACUCCAGUAGGCUCCAAGACUUGGAUGCUUGAUCCAUCAGAAGUGGAGCUGGUAAAGGAUGAAGAACUUCACAUUGGAGACUGGGUGAAGGUUAGGGUGUCUGUUUCAACACCAACACACCAGUGGGGAGAGGUAAAUCAUUCAAGCAUCGGAGUGGUGCAUCGGAUGGAAAAUGGGGACCUAUGGGUUGCAUUCUGUUUCCUGGAGAGGCUGUGGCUUUGCAAGGCAUUGGAAAUGGAACGAGUUAGACCAUUCAAAGUAGGGGACAAGGUGAAAAUUAGAGAAGGUCUGGUAACACCUCGGUGGGGGUGGGGAAUGGAGACUCAUGCAAGCAAGGGCCAGGUAGUUGGGGUAGACGCAAAUGGAAAGUUGAGGAUUAAGUUUCAGUGGAGAGAAGGGAGGCCCUGGGUCGGGGAUCCUGCUGACAUUGUUCUUGAUGAGAGUUAA